AUGUCCUCUCCUCCAAACAAACCUCUCGGCAGCUCGGGGAGUUUCGCACAGCAGUUCGGCACCAGUACGGACGGAGGAGCAAACAGUGUGCGCGUGCAGCAGGGAUUGAGGCUGACCCCGAGAUACCUGACCGCAAAUAUAUUGCACCACUCGCUUGGAGAUCUGGCCAGCGCGCGCACGGCCCGACAUCGCCAUGAACGCGGCAAUGGCGCCGGCUGACUCGCCGCGGCGACUCUCACCAUCGCCGAGCACGAGUCACGCGACGAAACGCCCUUUGUCUGUACCCGAAGACCCGACGGAAGCAUUGGCUGCGCACGUCAAGAAGUGUCGAGUGAGCACUACCCCGGGAGAGCUGAGGUUGAAGAGAGACCUUGUGGAGUGCGACCUGCUUCUUCAGGAAGGAGUUGCAAGGUUCGAUAAAACGGCUGGGAAUCCUCUAAAAUGUCAGCUUACUUUCUUAUGCUCGAUGGAGGGGGGCAUGGGGGGGGAGGGGACAGCACCGUCAGGUGCAGCGGGGGACACACCGACGGCAGCUGGAGAACGAAGGGUUCCAACCACCUUCUCAGUCGUCGU